AUGCAAAGCAUCAGCACCCAUCUACACCUCUCUUUGCCCAUCUACACUCAACAACACCCAUCAACACCCAUCAACCCCCAUCUACACCAAUCCACAUCUCAUCUCUACAGAUUCCUGGGCUCGCACCUCCUGCAGCAGCUUUUAGCAGCGGGCCACACAGUCAGGUGCCUCUGCAGACAACCCAACAGCCUGCCGCCCCACCCGCAGAUUCAGGUGGUCAUCGGAUCUCUAUCAGACCCCUCCUCGCUCGAUUCCCUCCUCCAAGGCACCUCAGGCCUCUUCCAUCUGGCAGGAAUCGUCAUCCACUCACGCGACGCCACAUCAGCAGCACCACCACCACCACAACCUCAACCAACCCCCACGCCAACGUCACCCCCUCAACCGAGCUCCACCGCACAGCACCCCUCGCUCGAUCAAACCACCGUCGACGGCACGUUAGCCGUGCUCGAAGCGGCUCUUAAAGCCGGGGUAAAGCGGGUGGUCUACGCGUCCACGUCAGGGACCGUCGGUGCUUUUAAAGACUCCCGACAGGUGGCGAGCGAUGAUUCGCCGUACGCGAGGGAGGUGGUGGGGGGGUGGCCGUAUUACCGGGCAAAGAUCGAGGCAGAGGAGAGGGCGAGGGGGUAUGCGGAGCAGCAUGGGUUGGAGCUGGUGUGCAUGCGACCAACGCUCAUUCUGGGACCAGGAGACUACCGUCUCAGCUCGUGCCGCACAGUGCUGGACAUCAUGGAGCGGCGCAUCCCCUUUGUGCCACAUGGCGGCCUCUCAUUCGUCGACGUGCGGGACGUGGCUUCUGCUUUCAUUGCUGCCAUGCAAUUCGCCCCUCCCAACGCCACAUACCUUCUCGGAGCCGUCAACAUGACCUUAUACGACUACUUCCACGUCAUCGCACGCUGCGCUGACGUGGCGCCGCCGUUUCUGUUCGUGCCGCCAGAUGUCGCAUGGAUAUUGGCCGCCACUGUGUCGAAACUCUUGCCUCUGAUUGGCCGGAAGGACCCCUCGCUUGACCCUGUGGUUGUUGAAAUGGCGCAGGUUUACUGGUACAUUGACUGGGGCAAGGCAGAGAAGGAGCUUGGGUUUGCGCCUCGACCACUGGCGGAGCGUUACGACAUGGCGACUGCUGCAAAUUCGGUGAACCUGGACAAGGCGCGCGGCUUGGAGGAGGAGGAGGAGGAAUUGCCCUCCCACUUGGGGGGAGGGGCUGACUCGUCUGCAAAAUCGGUGAACCCGGACAAGGCGCGCGGUGGCGCGGCGGAGGAGGAAGAGGGCUCCCACUGGGCAAUGGGGGGUACCACGAAUGACCGCGCGGGAAGUAACCCCGCGAGCAACAGCGCGGGGGCUGAUCGCGCGGCUGAGCCCGUGGCUGGAUCAAAGCCAGGAGGCGGAUAUUUCAGCGGCUGGACGAAGGGACUCAGUAACAGCUUCUCGAACGCCGGGAGCUCGUUCACGAAUGGUGUCAGAAACAGUUACGAAGCCGCGCGAAACCAUGCGAUCUCCGCCACUAACAGCUUCGCGGAGGGAGUUCAAGACAGCGCGGAGGCCGCCAGAGACGCGGCCGUUUACGUCGCAAACAACCCGGGUAAGACUCUGACAAAGAGCGCGUCGGACGUGGCGCGCAGGGCGGGGAGGAUCGCGCACAAAGCGGUGAUCGAGCACGGGCAUGAAGUGUUAGCGAAUACGGCUGCGGGGCUCGUCGUUGGCGGAGUGGCGGGGGGACUGAUGGCGGGAGGCGGAACGAUUGCGCGCCACGCACACGCCGCGACGAUGGAGGAGAUUGGGAGCUUUGGCGCGGAGGCCGCGGCGCACCUGCCAGUGCUGAGGCACCCACCAGUGCUGGGGCAGCCACAGCCGUAA